GACAUACUGGUCGAAAUUCAGUUGAUGCACGUCUAUCGUCAAUUCGGAUAGUAUUUUUUUCUGGUUAGAGAAAAAUUGUAUAAUAAAAGAAAUUUUCCUUGAUUUUGAAAUAGCUUGGUUUAUGAGAGUAAAGGUUGGUGAAGUUGAUUACUUUAUUUUAUGCGCUUGCUAACAUUUCAAUCUCGUUGUUAAAUUAUGUAUUGUCGAUCGAGAAAUCGAAGUGUGUUUGACGUCUAGGUGCCAAAAGAAAACGUAAAAUCGAAAAAUCGUCAGCUGUAUAGCGGAUUUUUAUAGAGUAGGGGAUACCCAACUCGGCUAUAUUCGGCUACGUACCGUUUGGCACUUUGGCGGCUAUACGAGUAUCGCGUUACGGUGAAGGGAAGUUUGCAGUCCUGCUCUCUGUUUUAUUCUUUUUAAAAUUGCAAAAGCUGAUUCUUAGUAAUUGCUCUAGGAUUAAUGGCCUAUAGUUUGACGUCGUAUAAAAAGAUCAUUACCGUUGUUUUUCGUUAAACCGUCCUAGCCCGAACGUUGUCAUGGAAACGACUGACCAUGACGUCACAUUCGUGUGUUAUCCGAAAAUGUAUUCCUAUCGAAUUCCAUAUGAUUGUCAGUAGGUUGAGAGUAAUAGUAAGAGAAAAAAAACCGUUUGACUAUUCAUAGUCAUUUCGUACAGGAAAUAUGAACUAUGUCAAAAUGUCUUAUCGAAUGAUUGAUAAGAAUUACAGGUCGACGUCAAGCGGUUAAUUACCGAGAAAAAGACGACGACGCAAAACGCCAAUGACGUCAUAUACAUGCCUCGAGCUGCACGUACGCAAGUUGCGUACGUGGGCGACGCUGCUUUUUUUAGCGCGCCGUCUAUAAAUGACGUCAAUAAGUUACAGGUUGAAUGGAAUAUAUAGAUUAUUGUCGUGCUUCUUCCCUUACAGAUUUCAAUUGCGUAAUAUGGGUAGGAAGAAGAUUCAGAUUACUCGUAUCGGCGAUGAGAGGAAUCGACAGGUAACAUUUACCAAAAGAAAGUUUGGUUUGAUGAAGAAAGCUUACGAGCUAUCGGUGUUAUGCGAUUGCGAAAUAGCUUUAAUUAUAUUCAACUCUGCUAACAAACUAUUUCAAUAUGCUUCAACGGAUAUGGAUAAAGUUUUACUGAAAUAUACAGAGUACAAUGAACCUCAUGAAUCGAGAACGAAUAAGGAUAUAAUAGACGUUUUAAAUAAGAAGGAAAACAAGGGAUGCGAUAGUCCAGAUAGUGUAGAUGGAUCUGGUGGAUAUUCCUUAAAUUCUCGAUCAGAUUCGGAUUAUACUAAGAUUAAUCAGGAGUUCCAAUCGAUGCUGGAAAGAAAUAGAAUGCAGCAACAGCAACCACAACAGUACCAACUCCCAGUUCACACGCAAAAUCAACAACACUUUUCCUCACCCUCCCCCAAUUUACUACAUCCGACGCAAUCGGCUACGCUGGUGCCACCUACUGGCAUGUCAUCAAGACCUUCAUCAGCCGGUUCAGCAUGCGCAAUUACAGAUUUAUCGAUGAAUGGCUAUCAGACGUCUACGUCGCCACAUCCUGGACAACCGCCUUCUCCGCAUCAUUUGAAAAAGUCCCCAAAACAACAACCUCCAAAUCAACCGCAGCAAAGAGCUCCAUCGGGGAAUUCGCUUAGAGUUCAUAUACCUCAGAGUAGCGAGGUAAGGCAUAUUUUUUCUUUGCUUCAGAGAAAUCGAUUAAUUAAUAUUGAAAUAAUUAAACAGAAUCGGACUUCGAUAUCCGCGGCACAAACUCUUUCGACGCCCAUAGUGUCUUUAGCGACUCCCAGCGUGCCUGCAAGUAAUUAUCCGCAGUCGGCCAUCUCAUCCGCGUUUCCGUCAGGUAGCUUUUAGUUUAUUUAUUUAUUUACCGUCUCUAAACAGACCUACCUACAUAAACGUUAAUUCUUACGAUCAAGCGUAACAUAGGUAAUCUUUAUUUGCUGAUAACUCAUCGAACUUUUGCUUUUAAAACAGAUUUUAGCGGAGAUAUGCAGAUAACGGGCUUCCAGUCUCCUGCGGUAAUGAACCACUGGUCGCAGCAAUCGAUUCACACAUCGGCUAGGUAAGAAUUUCUAAAUUGAUCAAGAGAGAUUAAUUUAUGACCGUCGGUUUCUUUCUGAUUAAUUAAAAAAAUUAGCUUACGAUCUCAAGACGAUGGUGGGCAGGGACAAUUGACAAGCAUGGCUCCUCAACGUAACGGAAUGCUAAUCAAAUCCGAACCCGAUUCCCCUCCGGGUCAAGCAGACACAGGCCAAUGCUUGCGGCCGCCAUCCACUUCCGGUCACGUAUCGCCGCAUUUGCACACGGUUACCGAAAGUUCUUCACCCGUACCUCAGCAACUUAACGACUAUGACAGUGGACCCUCCUUGAAACGAGCCCGGAUAGAGACGACACCAUGGAAUACGGCCACUUAAACCCAGAAACCUAAACCUAUUCUUUUUUCAAAAAAACAUAACAUUCCCUUCGUCUGCUGUCUAGUUCGUCUCUUUUGUUAAGAAAUGUGCUUGUCUUUUUAUGUAUUACGCUUGUAAAUAUCAAUUACUACUCGUAUAACGUUUAUAAAGUUGAAAGCUUGUUUUGCGCAACGCGCAGUGACUGCAUUUUUACGCUGUUUCUACUACACAGAUACGAAACGGGGACAUAGGCACGACCGUGUUGUCAGCAUUGCAUACGUCUGAACAUUAUAUUCAAUGUAUAGAUAUUGUUGCGGUGAAAAGUAACAAAAAAUAUAUCCACGUUUGUGUAAUAAAUGGUUCUUGUCUAUUUCUAUUUACAAAAAAUGUUUUCUUUUUUCUAAUUCAUAAAAAAUUUUCGAAAAAAAUAAUUCGAGUUUCUAUUUUUUCUUAUACAUAACCAAAUAUCUUUUUAAUGUGUAUACAUAUAGUAUUUAUAUAUAUACUAUAUACUGUACAGUACAGUUCUUUUUCAUAACUUUCCUUUAUUAUAGGAGUUUUUGUUGGUAGCUCAUUUUGUUUAUUAAAUGAUGUUUUACAGUUUUUUUUGUUUGUGUUUAAUUAUAAACAUCUUACUUAUAAAUAUAGAUCUAUAUUUAAAACUUUCACUAUAUAUAUUUAUAUAAGUAUAUAU